AUGGCAAAUCCAGCGGGUAGGGCGGCGCCGUGGGUGGAUCUUCCUCGGGAGUUAACGGCAAACAUUCUGCAAAGGCUGAGGGUGGUGGAUAUUUUCCAGAGCGCACAGGUGUGCACUGCCUGGUGGAGGAUAUGUCAAGACCCCUCCAUGUGGCGCUAUGUGGACUUGUGGGAUAUAUUAGGUGAGGAGGGUAAAGGACGGGACUGGCAUAAAAUUUGCAGAGACGUAGUGAAUCGCAGUGAGGGCCAACUUAUUUCCAUUAAGCUAGGCUACUUUGCUACUGAUGAUAUGCUCUUCUACAUUGCUCAGAGAGCAAAACAGCUGAGACAUCUUCGUAUUAGCUCCAGCAAAGUUUCUGAUGAAGGUUUUAGUAAAACUGUUAAAGAGUUUCCAGUGUUGGAGGAGCUACAACUUGAAUUCUCUGCCGUUUCUAAACAAGGAAUUGAAGCUGCUGGACAGUCUUGCCCUUUCCUCAACUCAUUUUCCUUUACGAAGAAGCUAAGUAAAUUCCUGUACGUACCAUCAGAUGAGGAGGCUGUUGCCAUUGCAGAAAACAUGCAUGGGUUGAAACGCCUUACACUUAAUUUAAAUCAAUUGACAGAUAAAGGCGUGGAGGCCAUCCUUGAUGCUUGUCCUGGCCUUCAAUCUCUCAACGUAGACCGCUGUGGUUUUGUUAGGCUUGCAGGGGAGUUGGGGAAGAGAUUCUCUCAACAGAUUAAUAAUAAGGACAAGAACCACAUUCACAAUCUCGACGCUUAUAUGAUUAAUCUUCUUUUGAGUUUUUUGUGA